AUGACUUUUGAUGAAAAUACUUACCCAUUUGCCUUACUAGAUUCUGGGGAAAGCUUCUUUGAGGACAAAACUGCUAAAUUGAAAAUCGAAAACACACUUCAUUGUUGUACUAUUAAACAAGGAAAGCCUCUUAAGAUUCUGGGGAAAAAUUGGAGAGUAGCAUUUCCGAUGCAAUCUGAGAGCCUUAGUAACAUUAGUGCUGCCAAGCUGGCGUGCGGGGCUUGCGACGAGGUGCGCGGCGGUGCGGCGCUUCACCGGCCAUGGACGAGGCGCACGCCGGGCAGGCCGCUGGCCCCGGCCGAUUAUCCAAAACUGUGGCGCUCAUUGGAUCCGCCGGGGCGCUAUGAGUGCGUUUGCAACCGGGCGGAGGCGGGCGGGCGGGGGCGGGGGCGGGGAGCGGCCGCGCCCACGUGCUCCUCGCAGUGCCUUCAGAGCUCUCUGCGCGUCGGUACUCAGCUCGCCUUCUGGUCGGCGUUGUCAACCCUCGUGCUGAAGCAUUGGGGCGCGCUGCGGAAGCGGAGCGACCGAGGGCGCCGAUGUCAUCAUGAACUGGGCGCGGCCGCCGAGGGGCGCUGCGAGGACCUCGAAGCCCGAGUGACGCUGCGCGAGAAGGGACAUUCUGUGGAGUGCCACCUUUUAAGACCAAUGACUAACAAAAUGAGAAUGGAAAUAAAAAAUUAG